CGAGCGAUCAUUGUCAGUAAAAUCAUCUUGCUGGAGCGUAAAAAUUCAACUUUAAGUCGGAGAAGUACAACUUCACAGACUUGGGUUUUUUCCCCUGUCAAGUUUGCUCAUUCGGAAGGAAUGAGGUGGACGGAAGUGAGCUGCGCGCUGGUGAAAUUGUUCCGUGUUGCAACUGAAGCUAAGGGCAAAUCGGUGGGGAAUUUUCCCGUCCUGUAAAUGUAGGCUGUCGCAUGGAAAAAUCGAGCGGAUGGUUUGUUUCAUAAUACGGAGUGAACAGCUGGAAUUGUUUUAUUAAUUUUGCAUUUGGGCUUGAUUUGUUUUUAUUGCGAGGUCGGGGGGAUUAUCAGGCAUACAGCCGUCCGACCAGACAGCUGGCAGACGGACUGACUGCAUCUCGACUUCUGAUGCUUCCUCCAAUCAAGAGAAGCAGCUGAUGCGGUCUGUGUGGGUCCAAAGCCGGUAUAAAAACCCUAUCUGAGCUGAUACUGGAGGACUGAUACCUCAAACAUGGAUAAACAUGACAGACGUGACUGUGAUGCUCGGGGGUGAGGAGGAGAGAGGCUGAGGAGGAGGAGAUGGGCUGCGCCUCCGCCAAGCAGGUGUCUGCAGUACCCAACAGUGAGGAGGACCAGAGCAAAGCCCACAGCAAUGGAGACCUCUUCUCUGAUGAGUACAAGAUGAAAGGAGUGGAGAAAGUCAAGUACAUGAGUGGAGAAGAGGGAGGAGUAGAGGGCCAGGAAAGCACGGAGACAAGUGCUUUACUUGGAAAAAGUCAACACAUGGAUGAAACGGGAUCGAAUGGAAAUGGAAAGAUGCUGAGUAUCCAUUCCUCAGAGAGCCAGCAAGAAUUCUUCAGGAUGCUGGAUGAGAAAAUUGAAAAGGGCAGGGACUACUGCUCAGAGGAGGAAGACAUGACAUAGCGCCAUGGUCAAGCAUCCGUCAGCCUUCCCCUUGAGAGGAUGCCGAUGUUGCAAUGGGACGUUACAAUCUGCCUAAAGGGCAGAAGGACACAACUUUAUCGAGCAACCUUCUUGCCCUCCUGCUCAAGACGAAGCUCCUUCUUGUCUAAUCCAAUGACCAAAUUCAAAAGAUGGUUCAUGAGUUGAUGAGAAAACUUGAGUUCAGAUUACUUUCUUGAAAAGCCAUUAUAGGAUGUCAGGGAUUUUGGGGAUGAAGAGGAACCUUUCCCCUGCUUGGACAACUCCUGAAAGACAGUGUUGCAGUACAUUGCUGUUUACAUCCAAAUCAAAGAAGCAAGAAGAAUCAUUUGUCAGUAAGAAAAAUGGGCUUCAUGCAUGGAUGUUUGCUUAUUUUUAAAUUUCAGUAUUUAGAGAGUGACCGCUAAGGAAAAAGAGCAGAAAGAAACUCGGCUAAUUCUACUACUUUGCCUGGAGUCAUCUUUAAUUAAUUGGUUUUUCAUAAAGACGAAUAACAUUUCAAUGCAUCUUACAGAGACUUCUGAAUAUAUUGGUAAGAAAAAUGAACAAUUGAAUUAGUUGUGCGUACAAUUCAGGAGCAAAACUGCUUCCAAAUGUUUCAUGCAUGAGGCCCACUGUGUCGAUCUGCAUUCCAGGAAACAGUAUGGAAUCUUGUUUCUACAAUUUCUGGGCCAAAACAACGUGAACGUCUUGUCUGUCUGUCCACAUUCCUUUAUAAUAUACAGUAUUGUUGUUAAACAAGGCUCAGGGUUGAAGUGUUGCCGUCAUAUACUCAAACAUCCUUUCUCUCAUAACACAAUAAAAACACUCACACACACUCACACGUUCGGCUUGCUACUGACGCUCGCCAGCUUCAAUAUUGUGUCCAGAUGAACCCCGUUUGGGUGAAGUCACAUAUUCAUCUGUAUGUCACUCACCAGUGUUUCUGUGUUAUUUUUAUGUUGAUCUUUUGUUUUUCUAGAAAAAUAAAAGUGUUUUUGGAAACUUAUCUCAACUGCUGGCAACUCAAAUGUGUGAAUCGAGCCCGGGUUGUCUUUCGGCAAACCAUAUAAUAUACUGCAUACAGGUGGUCCUCUGUUUAAGA